AUGUUCAAAAAGCUUAAAGAUAAGUUAGCUGAGGAGGUGAAAUCAUCGCCUCAAAGAAUUCAACAAUUUGCUCAAGCUGCUCAGGCUGUUGUAACAUCAGCAUCUAGCAGCAUUACUGAUAUUACAAAUAAUGACCUGUUUUCUAUUGGAGAUAAUGAUGGUACCAACAGAAGUCCAGAAUCAUCUAAUAACAGUAAAAGAAAUACAAUUCAUGAGGUAUCCCCUGUACAGCAAGGAUCCUUGCCUCUUGGAUCUGAAACACCAGACACUUCAUUCGGUCAUGAGGAAACUACAAGGCACAGAAGAUUGUCUAACAGCUCAUUUGCAAGUGAUAUAUCAUUUAGAUUACCAACAUAUGAGAGUCCUUCGAUGUAUCAUCUUCAGUCUGACAUGGAUGUUUCUGCUAGUGAAGCAGAAGAAAAGGGUUUCAGUGGAGGCGCAGUAAAUUUAGACAGAGUCACAAAAGACCAGCUGUUUCUUGCUUACAAAAGAACGCAAGAUCGCUGCAGAAAAUAUAAAACCCAAUAUGCUGAUUUAGCCCGACAUUAUAAACUGCUAGAGAGAGAAAACGCAAAAGCAAGGAAUGUUUUAGUUGAAACUCAAGACAAGGCUUUGAGGAGAAUAUCAGAGCUAAGAGAGCAAUGUACUUUGGAACAAGGUGCAAAGGCACAUCUUGAAAAAGCCAUGCGUGAUGAAAUAGAAGAAAAAAAUAUAAAAAUAGACACGUUAAAUACCAAACUUAAACUUAUACAAAACAACGCAAAAAUUAAUAAUGAUUUAUUAGAUGAGGUUAGUAAAAAAAAUAAUGAAAGUGAUGGUCACUCACAAUUAAUUGAUUUAGCUAUUGAAGAAAAAGAAGAAAAUAAGAACGAAUCAAUAACGUCAGAAGUUACUAUUCUUAAUAAUAAAGUAUCGAAAAUGGAAGAAUUAUUGAACAAAUAUAAAGAGUCUCUCAAGAUAUGUAAGGAAAAGAAUGCACAAAUAAUGGGUGAGCAGCAAAUUUUGGCAACUGACUUAGAAAAUAAACAAAAAGAAAUUGAUCAAUUGAAAGCGGUAAACAUAUCAUUAAUUGAUACCAAACAAACAAUAGAUGAUUUGAAUAAUUUCAUUGAAGAUUUGCAAAGUAAACAUACUGCUUUUGAAUUUGGAAAAAAUAAAGAAAUUUCAGUCCUAAAACUAGACCUUGAUCAAGCUCAUAAUGAAAUAAUGCAGUUAAAGAAUAAAAUUGAAGUUUUAAGUAAGAGAGAGGAAGAAUAUGCUAUUUCAUUAGCAGAAAAUAAAUUAAGCAUUCAUAAAGAGCUUGAGAAUAAAGAAGCUGAAAUAAAAUCUCUUAAAGAUAAUUUGGCUAGUUCUCAAAAUGAAAUCCAGUCUUUGAAUAUUGUUGUAAGUGAUUAUAAAAAAAAUUAUUCUUUAUUAGAAGAGGAGCGAUCCAGAUUUAAUAACAAUUUAAAUGAAUAUAAUUUGGCUAAAAUCAAAAUAAAACAAUUAGAACAGCAAUUAGACGAUUCAACAAAAAAAUAUCAGUUGCUAGAAAAUUCUAAAAUAAAAUUAGAUGAAGAAUAUAAAUGCUUACAGUUACAAUUAAAGCAAGAGACUGCAGAGAAACUUGCAAUGAUAGAUAGAAAUCUCUAUUUGGAAAAUAGGAACACACAGCUUUCUGAGGAAAGUUUAAAAAAAAGUUCACAGAUUAAUAAAUUAGAAAGUGAAAUUAAGUUACUUUAUAAUAACAAAGAAUCCCAAAAUGUUUCUGUGUUAGAUAAUCACAGUGAAAAUCCAGAAAUAAUAGCUGAAGUGAACAACUGGAAAACAAAAUAUGAGCAUUUGGAGUUUGAAAUACAAGAAAAGCGCGAGGAAUUAUUGGAAAAACAAAAAAAGAUUGAAAAGCUUCUUUGUGAUGUUGAAUCACUAGAGAAUGAAAACCUUCAAUUACAUACACAAUUGUCAGAUAUGGAUUCUAGAAAUAACGUGGUACAAGAACAAUAUCAACAAAUGAAAACAUUAUAUGAUAACAUAUUGAAAAAAGUAAAGCUUUUGCGAGAAGAUAUCCUUCUCAUAAAACAAGAAACAAAAUUGUCUAUUGACGAGGUCAGUUGUGAUAUAAAUGAAACGUUUAAGGAAGAACUUAAAACAUUAAUAAGUAAAGUAGUAAAUAAAAGUAAUGAAAAAUGCAGUCAACUCAAAUGUAAUAAUGAGCUAUUAAAAAAACAAUUAAAUGAUGUUACUUCAAAUUUACAAUUGAAAAUAAAGGAAGUUGAUGAUCUACAAAUAAAAUUGCAACAAGAAAUAACAGAACAUGAUAAAAUAAAACAAACAUUAGAGAACAAUCUAGAACAACAUAAUGUUUUGCAACAAAAAAUGUUUGAUUUAAAGAACGAAAAUAAAAAUUUAAAUGAUUCACUACAAUUUGACACUAUUGAAAAAACUACAUUAGCAGAAAAACUUAAGCAGAAGGAAGAAGAAAAUACAGAAUUAUUCCAAAAAAUCCUGGAUUUAGAAUCAAAAAUAAAAUUAAAUGUAGAUUCUGAACUAAAUUAUAUUAAAAUAUCAAAAGAAACUGAGGAAUUAUUGGAUAAAUUGAAAAUAUGUGAAAAAUUAAAAAUAACAACAGAAAAUGAAUUGCAGAUCUUAAAACUAAAGAUUGAAGAAUGUGAACAAGAUAGAAUUAGUUUACAAAGGGAAAACACGCAAUUACUUGAAAAUAAUAAACGAAUGGAAAACGCAAAUGGUGAACUUCUUAUACAAAUAAAUAAUUUAACAAAGAAAAUGAAUGAUAAUGAAGAGUUGUCUGUUCAACUAAGAAGAGAAAAUGAAAAACUGCUUAAUGAUUUAAAACGUACAGAAAAACGAAAUUCUGAAUCUGCAGUGCUAUAUCAAAAUUUGAUUGACAAAAUUAAAGGUAUAGAAAUAAAAACCCAUGAAAUGAAGAAGGAACAAAGCAUUUUAGAAGAUAAAAUAAUUUUAAUUCAAGAUGCUAAAGCUGCAAUAGAAACGGAUUAUAAAAAUUUACAAAACCAAAUAGAACAAUUAAAAACAAAAAAUACCUUACUAGAAACCGAAAAUAAAGAGCUAAAUAGUAAAAUUAAAAUAAUGACAAAAGAAUGUUUUGAAAAUGAAACCAUUCUUAAUGAACUAACUAAAAUUAAGGACAGCAAUGUAUACUUGCAAGAAAAAGUGAAUAUUAUAAAGAAACAAAAAGAGCACGACUUAAUAAAUAUUGAAGCUUUACAGCAAGAAAAUGUAGAUUUAAAGAAAAAAGUAGAUUAUCACGAAGAAAAUAUUUUACGCACACAGGAGCUAGAAAAAGAAUUAAUAUUAUUAAAAAAAGAAAAUGAAACUCUUAAAAUUCAAUUGGAAACUAAUUUAAGCAAUAUUAAGAUAUUUGAAAAUGAAAUGAAACAGAUACGUGAUUCACAUAGUGAGAUUGAAAAGGAAAAGGAUAAUUUGAAUUCUAUAAUUAAAAAAAUAGAAAAUAGUCAGCUUAAUGCUAAACUAUCAAGUACGUUGGAUAUUGCACACACACAAACAAGCAAUGAUAAUAUAGCUGAAGAAAGUGAUGAAAAAAUUGUCCCUUCAAAAAUAACAACAAAUAGUAGUGUUCAAACUAGCAAUGAUGAGUUGCAUUUUAAAAUUGAUCCAGAAAAUUUAGAAACUAGUUCUAUAAGUCAUGAUUAUACAUUACUCAAAGAGGAAAACAGACGCCUACGUUCUGACAUUGAAGGGCUACAAACAUACUUAGCGAAAAUUUCAAAAGAUAAUAGCCUUUUAAAUGAUAAAUUGAGAGAAGUUAUCACGUCAAAUGAUAUUUUCGCAGAUCAAAGUGAGGUAUCGCAAUAUGAUAUAGAAACACUUAAAAAUGAAAUUCAGUCCGGAAAAGAUAAAAUAGACAAUUUAAUAAGAGAAAAUACAUUACUAGUAGAAGAAAAUUUGGAACUGAAAGAUCAAAUUAGUUUUCAAAGUACUUAUAAACCAUCGCUAUUUGAGCCGACCGAGAGUAAUGAGAAUAUUGUCAAUAUUAAGAAAAUGUAUGACAGUGCUGUAGAUAGUAAAAAUUAUCUAGAAAUAAGAGUUAAAGAAUUAGAACACAUGAAUUUGUCAAUAAAUAGUAAUAUGCAAGAAAUGCAAGUUAAUAAUGAAAAAUUAAAGCACUCAAAUGAAAAAUUAGAAAGGAGUUUGGACGAAGCUCUGGUUAGCUUAAGACAUUUACAUUCACUACAAGAAAAUACAGAAUUAGAAUAUUUACGAAAUAUUCUUUAUGAAUAUUUAACUGGUUCUGGAACACAUUCCUUAACUUUAGCAAAAGUGUUAUCAGCCGUAGUUAAGUUUAACGACUCGCAAACUGAACUUGUCCUGCAAAAAGAAAGAGAGAGACAAGGAAUAUUACGACAACUUGGUAUCAUUUGA